ACACCUCAGAGACUUGAAAUUGCAGUCACAAAAUAACUCUGCAGUAAAUACCUUUAAUAUUUCAUUUCUUGAUUCUGUUGAUUGUCUAGAAUUGCCAAUAAAGACGCAGGCGGACCUAUUGGCAAUUAGUGAAAGGCUGAGAAACAAAGAAUUAAAAAAUAUAAUGGCACAGGAAUUGGGAGAUAUUGGUGGAAAUAGCUUGAACAAUGUUAUGGCCAAUAUCUGUUACAGGCUUUUCUCAAAUAACGUAGCUCUUCUCUAUAGCUGGUCAGAAAGGAAGAAACCAAAAUCUUCCUUUGAAGACACUAAUUUUACAACCUUAAUUAUAAACAGUAUUCGGGUAUCGCAUCCCAAUGCUACGGAUCAUGAGAUCAGGACUUUAGGAUCAAGAGAUAAAAAGAGAGCAGAUCAACAGGACGAUGAAAUAGAGGACGAGCUUAGUCUGGAAGCAAAUGAAAAUGAUGAUGAAUGUCUAGAUGCUAAUGAUGAAGAGCGCGAUUUUGAUUAA